UGGAACUUACCUACAGAAGCCUGUGUACGCAUCCGCCGAAGUGCUGGCAACGCGAAGUCAAGGUGGCCACAAUAUGAGGGAAAAAUUGCGGUAGAUGAGUUGCUGUCAUCGCUUUUUAUGACAGAUGUUUUGCAUGAUUAAUCUACUUUGUUAAAUUUGCGACCGCACGCGCGAACGAGCGAGGCAAAGUGCAUUUCUUUCUCGAAUCCCGCGUAGAAAGAUACAUGUUGCCGCUUGUGUUGUCAUCGUUCGAAUUGUGUUAAAAUUUGUUGGACCUAGAGAAAGCGAAAGAGACAGAUAGAUAGAGAGCAGAAAAGAGCAAGAGAGAAACGUGUGAAAAGGAGAGAGAGAGAGAGCAAACACCAGAAGAAGGAGAACGCGUUUCGUCAAAUGUCUCGACAAAGUGUCUAAAUAUCUCCUAAGAGAAACGGAGAGAGGAAGAGAGAAAAAGAGUGAAAGAGGAAAACACAGAAGAAAAAGACAGUCUUGUAGCCAGUUGGUUUUGCGAGUAGUCCAGUGCGGGUCCAAGGAAACUUCCUAGAAGCACCGUGAAGACGAUAAUAUUGCUCAAGGAGUCCAGCGGUGGCCGUUGAACGUCGAGUUAUCACUGCGCGCGCGACAAUGGCAAAAACGUAUGAUUAUUUAUUCAAGUUGCUGCUGAUUGGUGACUCCGGCGUGGGCAAGACCUGUGUGCUGUUCCGAUUCUCUGAGGACGCGUUUAACACGACCUUCAUCUCUACUAUCGGCAUUGACUUUAAAAUUCGCACAAUUGAAUUGGAUGGCAAGAAAAUAAAACUACAGAUAUGGGAUACUGCAGGACAAGAAAGAUUUCGUACCAUAACCACAGCUUAUUAUCGUGGUGCAAUGGGAAUUAUGUUGGUGUAUGAUGUUACUAAUGAUAAAAGUUUUGAGAACAUUAAAAACUGGAUUCGUAAUAUUGAGGAGAAUGCAUCGGCAGAUGUGGAAAAAAUGUUACUAGGCAAUAAAUGCGAACUUACAGACAAGAGGCAAGUGACAAAAGAGAGAGGUGAGCAAUUAGCUGUUGAAUAUGGCAUUAAGUUCAUGGAGACUUCAGCAAAAUCUAGUAUCAAUGUAGAAGAGGCUUUUUAUACUUUGGCACGUGAUAUCAAAGCAAAAAUGGAAAAGAAACUGAAGGAGGCAUCAAAUCCACCAAAAGGCGGCGGUCAUCAGUUGAAAGCUUCAGAACCACAAAGGAAGCCACCUAGUUGGCUCGCUCGUUGUACUAUACUCUGACCCCUUAAAUAUUAUCAACUAUUCAACGAAGCGCGUCUAUUUACUAUUAUUAUUUACUUAUGUUCAUUUCGUCGGAUGAAACUUACGUUUUGUUUCGCCGUCAUUUCACGUCAUGUGCAUCGGAUUCAAUGGAUUAACUCUUUAACGAUAAAAAUAUUCUCGUAUUAAAGGAUCUAAAAUUAUUUUUUCACAACACAUGUUUUGUCGAAGAAAUCUUCAGAGGAGAAAGUAUUUAGUUUGUUUACUAUAAGAAACGUACUUUUUUUAAUUAACACAAUUGAUAAUAGUAUGUGCGCUAUACUAUUUUAUAUCAUAAAAUGAAUUAUGGUUUAACGAUAAAUAGAUUGAUCAGGAUUUAACGGUUUUUUAUUCUGUACAAUGUGUGUGCAUCAAGAGGAUUCGUUGACUGCUGUUACAACUGCGUUUGUUUUUCGUAAGAUAAAAAUUUAAUUAAAUGACUAUUCUCGUACAGUUAUCUAGAAAACUUUGUCUCCAAGUCAAUUAACGCCUUCAAAAUCUUUGUUGUGCGACACAAACGCAGCGAUAUAAUAUUAUUUUAUUCCAGUAUUUCACCAAUCCAACGUAGUGUGCUUCUUAUCAUGGUAUUUAAAACAUUUACGAUAUAAUUUAUUAAAUCGACUAAGAAAAAUGAUGUAUAUCGAUCACGAUAAAUUUCUCCUCUGAUUUUCUCACACAAUGGAUAUGUUUGAUCUCGGUUUUUAUUAUCGGAAAUUCAAUAAAUAUAAAAAGUUAGUACGCGUGCUAUUUUAUUUUACGGCGAUGGGAUAAAGUAUACAUUGUUCUUGUACAUCAAAUUCAUAUUUCAGCAUGUUUUUCAUGCGAGUGCGUUUUUUGUUUUAUACGAGGACCAUGCGUGUCUAUUAAUUAGCCUAGUUUACACCGAUCGCUUAAUAUGCGUAUUAAGUAUUAUAUUCAUAUUAAAUCGGCUUAGUCUCAAUAAUGUAAACGAUGUCAUAUUAAACUGGCACGAUAUGUCUUCUUCACGCGUAUCAUAUCAAAAUGAUAUGCGUAUCAAGCACGUUUGUAAUGAUGUAAACAUCAAAAUUAUAUAUUGAAAAAACAAUUUUAUUUGAUUCGCGUACCAAAAAGAUGUACGGUGUAAACUAGGCCAUUAAAACAGCAAAGUAUACAAGGUUCGGCCGAAUAAUAAAUACAAGCAGGCACAACGUGAUUCCUCAUGAAAAAAUAAGCAAGAAAUGUAAAAUAAAUUUUUUUAUUUUUGGAUGAGUUUUCAAGAAAAUCGAGUUUGUUUACAAACACAAUACGCGUUUGUUUAUAUGUUCGUCGCUCGACGAACCGUAUCUUAAUCGUAACGCAGCGGAUUUUCAAACUCGAUUUUCUCGAAAAUUAAGCCGAAAAUGAAAAAAACUUUAUACUAUAGUUUUUAUAAUUUAAAUGCUCGUUAAACUUUUGAAACUAAAAAUUACGGUGAAUACGAGGCUACGUACACUGAGUAUUAGUGCAAUUAUAAAUAUGUUUGCAUCAGAAAUAUCAGGUUUUUUUUGUUUUUUUAAUAAUCUGUUUUUCUUAUUAUUUCACGAGGAAUUACGUCGUACCCGCUUGUACAUGUUAUUCGGCCGGACUCUGUAUAUAGAAACAUGUAUCACACUGUGCAACAUCACACACAUACAAUGAUUAAACUAAAAUAAAAGUAAGAUGUUAGCAGUAUAGAUAUCACGAUCGUUUUUAUACUGUUACCGAACAGAUAUAGCUUUUUCACAAAAUUAACAGAAAAACAUAAAGUAUGCUAGUGCAUUAACUUGAUGUAAUUAAAAUGCCUUGUGAUGAAUUGAACAGGAACUUUAUAGACCAUUUUCUUACAUCACAGAUAUAGUCAUAGAAUGUUUUAUUAGGUUUGUGAAGUAAAUCGAACAUAGUACGCGAGCCUUGAUUUUCCAGCGGAAUUACUUGCGCAUAUUAUACGCGCGCGCGCGCGCGCGUGUGUGUGUGUGUGUGUGUGUUUGUGUGUGUGUGUUUGUGUGUGUGUAUGUGAGAGAAAAGAAGUAGAUUUGUUUACAAGAAUUUACAAUAAACAAAUCUCUUUUUAUUCGCUGGUUGUCAUAAUGUGCAUCUUACAAGUUUGCAUUUUUACCAUCGAAACUUGUUCAUCUUAUACU